AUGUCACGGACCACAACAGUUAGGAAAUAUGGCAAGCAAGCAAAGCGCUCUAAAGCAGAGCGCCUGUUCGCUGAGCUGCCUCAAAGUCCGGUACGACUACCACCAAAAGGAGACCAAACCGCCAAGGAGGAUUCCAUCUCUCUUAUCACAGAGAAAAUAUCAGCAAUAAAUAUCGAAGAAAAGACGACUACCAAAAAUAAAGCACGAUCAUUGAAAAAGGUUACAGAAUCUGUUCCAGAGGCACCAAUUGAGAUUGCAGAGGUUAAGGAGGACAAGGACGCCACAGCCUCUGAGAAGGAGCAUACCCCUGAGCCUGAAAAGGCCGAACCCGAGCUCGAAGAACCAGUCCCCUCAAAUCCACCAACAGAGGAAGAUGAUGAGUUUGAAUUUUCAAGACUAGUCCAGGCCCAGAUAGCUGAGGAGGAGGCUGUACACAAACCACAACUGCGCACACUCACCUGGGACGAUGUUUGCCUUCCUGGAGAUAAGAUUGAGAAAAUCGCUGAAGCUUCAUAUGCUGAAGUGUACCGCGUUACCAACGACCGCGGAACAAGCAUCAUCAAGGUUAUCCGUCUCCCAUCUCCCAUCAAGCCCCAAACCAAAGCACAAGUUAAAUCCGGGUUAGUCGAUGAAGAACCGCAUCCCGAGGAGGACAUUAAAGGCGAGCUGCAAAUUUCGGAAUGGUUGGCGGAUAUUCCAGGAUUUGUCGUUUAUAAAGAGCGAUAUGUUGUUCAGGGUAAAACGACCAAACAGCUUCUCGAGACGCAUCAAUCAUUUCAGAAGAAGAUGAAGCGUCAAGAUCCAGGCCGGGCUCAGUUUUAUCCCUCUCCAAGCAGAUACUUGGAUGACACACGAUUCUUGGUGGUCGAGCUUGGCGAUGCUGGAACAUCGUUGGAAGAUUGGAAGUUGACUAGCGAAAGUCAACUUUGGGACAUCUUUUUCUUACAGGCUAUUGCCUUGGCAAGAGCUGAGGAUCUUGUUAUGUUUGAGCAUCGUGACCUUCACGAGGGUAAUUUAUGUAUCCGCCAAGUUAAGCCACCUCGAAAGAUGGACCCUCCUUCAGCAGGAUUCUUUGGUUACUCCGGUCUGGAUAUCACCAUUCUAGACUACGGCCUUUCUCGCGGUGAGGACCUUUCAAUUGACGAGGCGGUGCCAGUAGCUUUUGAUCUUGAAAGAGACCUUAGCCUUUUCACCAGCACACAUGCAGACCAAUGCAAGGUUUACCGCCAAAUGAGGUCUUUCCUUCUCCGCGCGGACCGCACAUGUUUACCGCCAGACGCCCAUGAUACGCCUUAUGCGAAGGGCAUCGAUGGGCCAUUAUCAUGGGAUGCCUACGCACCAUAUACAAAUGUGCUUUGGCUAGCAUACCUCUACGAAUAUAUUACCAGCCAUUUCAAGGGCGACAAAACAGAGCUGGCACGCUUCAAGGACGAAACGGAAGAGCUUUGGGAGUAUCUCAACCCAGAUGCGGGAGAGGACGUGCCCUGCUUCGGUUGUGCUGCAGACGUGGUGUGCUUUGCUGUCGAAGCGGGCUGGAUCCGCCAGGACCAACUGAAUGGGGCGGAUGAGUCAAUCCUUCAGCAUGAAGACAGCAUCAUUGCUCCACGAGAAGAAAUCAAGGAAGUAAGCCAAGAGAAAACGCCGGUGAGGAGGUCGACACGGUCAACACGUAGGAAAUGA